CUACUUUUCUUCCAUUGACUCCUCAACUAAUAAUUUUGGUCUUCCCAUUAUUAUCUUCUUCUUCUUCAUUUUUCUCUGCACUGUCUCUUCUCCAUUUCAACAUCUUCUUAUAUCUUCAUUCAGGUUUUUGAUCAUUUUCAAGAUCAAGAACAAGGCAUAAUGGACAUCCUUAUUUCAGUCACUGCAAAAAUUGCUGAAUACGCUGUUAAGCCUGUUGGACGUCAACUUGGUCAUGUAUUUUUCAUUCAUUCCCACUUUAAAAAACUCAAGACUCAUGUAAAAAAGCUGAAGAUUACAAGAGAAUCUGUGCAACACAACAUCCAUACUGCAAGAAGAAAUGCUGAAGACAUAAAACCUGCUGUUGAGGAAUGGUUGAAAAAGGUUGAUGACUUUGUUCGAGAAUCUGACGAGAUAUUAGCCAAUGAAGGUGGGCAUGGUAGACUCUGUUCCACCAAUUUGGUCCAUCGACACAAGUUAAGUAGAAAAGUAAGCAAAAUGGCAUAUGAGGUUCUUGAGAUGAAAAAUGAGGGGGAAAGUUUUGAUACGGUAUCCUAUAAAAAUGUUAUCCCAUCGGCUGAUUGUUCACUGCCAAAAGUACCUGACUUUCUUGACUUUGACUCAAGAAAGCCGAUUGUGAAACAAAUCAUGGAUGCACUCUCUGAAGAUAAUGUCCAUAGGAUUGGAGUGCACGGGAUGGGGGGUGUUGGCAAAACAAUGCUAGUGAAAGGAAUUAUAAGAAAAAUUAUUGAGAGUAAGUUUUUUGAUGAGGUGGUAAUGUCCACGAUCAGCCAAACACCAGAUUUUAAAAGUAUUCAAGGACAACUAGCUGACAAGCUAGGUUUGAAAUUCCAACAAGAAACGUUAGAAGGAAGGGCUCUUAUUCUACGAAAGAGGUUGAAGAUGGAGAGAAGUAUCCUAGUUGUGUUGGAUGAUAUCUGGGAGAAUAUUGAUUUGGAAACAAUAGGAAUUCCAAGUGUUGAAGAUCAUAUGGGAUGUAAGAUCUUGUUUACCUCUAGGAACAAACAUUUGAUCUCAACUCAAAUGUGCGCCAAUAAAUUUUUUGAGAUAAAUGUUUUAGGAGAAGAUGAGUCUUGGAAUUUAUUUAAGGCAAUGGCGGGUGAAAUUGUUGAAGGAAUUGAGUUGAAACCUAUAGUCAUUCAAAUUGUGAAAGAAUGUGCAGGUUUGCCUAUUGCUAUUACUACUGUUGCUAAGGCAUUACGAAAUAAACCUUCCGACAUUUGGAAUGAUGCCUUAGAUCAACUUAGAAGUGUUGAUGUGGGUAUGACAAACAUUGGGGAAAUAGACAAGAAAGUGUAUUUGUCACUAAAAUUGAGUUAUGAUUGCUUGGGAUAUAAAGAGGUUAAGUUAUUAUUCUUGUUAUGCAGCAUGUUUCCAGAAGACUUUAGCAUUAACGUGGAAGAGUUGCAUGUUUAUGCAAUGAGCAUGGGUUUCUUACAUGGUGUUGAUACUGUGGUAAAAGGACGACGUAGGGAUUAAAAAAUUGGUUGACGAUCUUAUAUCUUCUUCUUUGCUUCAACAAUAUUCAGAGUAUGGGUACAAUUAUGUGAAAAUGCAUGAUAUGGUUCGUGAUGUAGCCCUAUUAAUUGCAUCUAAGAACGAUCACAUACGUACAUUGAGCUAUGUGAAAAGUUUAAAUGAAGAAUGGGAAGAAGAUAGGCUAUCGGGUAAUCAUACCAUAGUGUCCAUUCAUGAUUUACAUUAUCCUCUCCCGAAGUUAAUGUUACCCAAAGUUCAAUUAUUAAGGUUAGUUGGACAAUGGUUGGAACAUAAGCGUGUGUCGGUGGUAGAAACUUUUUUUGAAGAAAUGAAAGAGCUCAAAGGUUUAGUAUUAGAAAACAUGAAUAUAUCAUUGAUGCAACGACCAUCUGAUCUUUACUCCUUAGCAAACAUUAGAGUAUUACGUUUACGGGGAUGUGAUUUAGGGAGCAUAGAUAUGCUUGGUGAACUAAAAAAGCUUGAAAUUCUCGAUCUUAGUGGAUCUAACAUCAUCCAGAUUCCUACAACAA